AUUUAGAAUUAUUCUUUAGGACUGAGUGACUAAACGAUCAUCGAAAGUUUAUCUAGUCUUUUGCUGACAAAAUACGUUGAUAUGGCAGAUUUCGCGUUGAACGAAUUUAGCAGUGAACAGACUGAAAAAAUCCUCCAGUUCCAGGAUUUGACCGGUAUAGAAGACCUGUCAAUCUGCAGGGAUGUUUUGCAAAGGCAUAACUGGAAUUUAGAAGUAGCUGUUCAGGAACAAUUAAAUCUGUAUGAGGGAAGACCGUCAAUGUAUGCGCAGGACUCAAGGUCAAGACCACCACAAGUUGUAGACGACAGCAAUUCUAGAAUAUAUUUUCAUUAUGCUGGAAGUUCUAGCGGUAGUGGUAGUUACCUGUGGUAUAUCUUUUCAUUAUGUUAUGAAAGAGUAAUCCGUAUCCUACAAUUACUUCUUUCAAUAUUUAGGAGAAAUGUUAGACCUGUAUCUGCUGAUCCAGUGGAAGAUGUAAUCAAUUUCAUUCAAUCUUAUGAAGAACGUUACGGUAGUAGUCAUCCUGUUUUUUAUCAAGGUUCAUAUAGUCAAGCUCUUUCUGAUGCAAAGCAAGAACUAAGAUUUCUAUUGGUAUACUUGCAUAAAGAUGAAGCUCAGAAUAUUGAUCAAUGGUGCAGGAACACAUUAGGUAAUGUAGAAGUUGUUCGGUACAUAAAUGUGCAUACAUUGUUUUGGGCAUGUAACGUGCAAUCAGGCGAAGGAUACAAAGUGGCAGAAGCUCUUAAAUCUGGUUCUUAUCCUUUCCUGGCCAUUAUUGUUCUGAAAGAUAACAGAAUGACAAUAGUUGGCCGGAUGGAAGGCACGCCAUCUCCCACUGAUUUAAUAUCUCGUCUGCAAACUAUCAUAGAACACAACGAAAUUAAUUUAAUACAAGCUCGCCAAGAAAGAGCGGAACGUAGUGCCGCACAAUCUUUGCGUGAACAACAAGAUCAAGCCUACGAAGAAUCGUUACGCGCGGAUCAAGAAAAGGAUCGCAGAAGAGAGGAAGAGCGAAGAGCGCGAGAAGAACAAGAAGCUAGAGAAAAGGAACAAUUAAAUGCACAAGAAUUGGAAAUUCAGCGUAUUCGUCGCGAAAAAGAACUUACAAUUCAUAAAGUACCACUCGAACCAGAGCCUACGAAUUCUAAUGCAUGCCAUCUUCAAAUUAAACUCGGCGAAAGGACGAUGAAGAGACGUUUCUUAAUGUCUGACACGACAGAGGAUGUUUAUCAUUGGAUAUUUAGUCAACCGGAUUCCCCAGUGAGUUUUGAAAUAACAACAAGUUAUCCGAAGAGAGUUCUAUAUCCGUGUAGAGAAAUUUUAACAUUAUCGGCUGCUGGAUUAACUCAUAGAGAAGUUCUUCAUGUUAAUGAUUUAGAUGAUUAACCUCUAUUGAUAAUUCAGUACUGCAUUCUUUGUGUUUAAGUAUCAUUCCAUGGAAAAAUGAUACUGUCGUAAGAGACAUUUAUCAAAAAGAUAAUAUAUAUAUGUACAUACAUACAUAAAUAUGUAUGUAUAUAUAUUUGAUACAUUCGGGUAUUUUAUGUGAGGUGUAGUUCGAUGACGGGAGUGCAGUUACGCGGCAGGUUUAUGAAAUACAUUGGAGAAAAAAGAAAUCAAAAAUCGUCUAAUUGUAUUGAAUUUUCUGCACGAAAAUAAACCGUGUCAGCUACAGGUACACUAUCUAUCGUGUACUACGAAUGCAACACGUUCACUAAAAUACACAUUGAAUAGAAAAGAGCAGAUUUCAUUGUAGAAACUAAAAAGAAACUUAUAUAUAUAUAUAAUACGACAUUACAAAAGCUGUACACCAAACAUUUAUUAUAUUUGUCUUAAUGCAUUUUAGCUUAAAAGAAUCUUUUAAUAAGCUGACUAAAAAAUGUAAGUACUUUAUAAACUAGAGAAACAAAGAAUGCAUACGUUAUAGUUAAAGCACAGAUUUAUUGUAUUCGCACUUCGAAAUCUCUUAAAAUUCGAAACUAAUCGUUAUAAAUCUGUACUUUAAAUAUAACUAAUGAAACAGUUUCUAGCAAGUGUGGUUUCUUUUGCAUUUUGCCGUCCUUACAAUUCUGGUCAGUCUUAUUAAAAAUGAUAUUAGAUACGAUGGAAAAAUAAAUUCAAUAGAUUAUCGAUUAAAUCUAAUUAUACUCGAUGAACAUUUUUGUAUGAGGAAAGAAAAAGUAAUUAAGCGAUAACAGUUUACCUUAGAGUAUAAUCCGAUUCGUUUUGCAUAUGGUUAUUUUAUGAAUGUGAACAGAACGGUGACUAUUAUUUUCUUUUAUUAAUAGAUGUCUUUCAGUCUUCUAGAAUCAAAGACUAAACUAAAACGUUAUAUUACGUAUUUUAAAGGUUUAGCUUUCUAAAAAUUAAGUGCUUAUUAUUAUAAGUUCAAGUAAUUUCUGUUGCUUUUGUCUAUGGGUUGUAAGGAAAAGGUUCAAUUUAUAUGAUAUUAUUGGUUUAUAAAUGUUGAAAUAUUGAAAAAUAUGUAUUUAUAAUUUUCGGAGUUUUUGAGUAUUCAAAUGUUGAAGGAAUCAAUAUUUCUUUAGAUGUUACGUUUUUUUCUGUACAAAAAAAAAGAGAACCGAGCAAGAGGAAAAACGUCACCUGCAAAUUUGUAUUGCUCUUUUAUAGGAUAAUAUAAAAUAUUCAAGAGCAAUCCAUAGCAUUUAUACAUAAUAUACAUAUACACACGUAUACAUACCUAUAUAAAUAUGCAUAUAUAAAUCGUUUGAUAAAGCGAAUAACAAUAAUCUGUGCGAUGCAUCAGAUUUGUUAAUCAUUAAAUGUAAACUUUUGUAUACACGUUUUGUGAUCUA